CGUUCGGAUUGCGCUGUCGCGUCCUUUGACACGCUUAACCGUUUAAGAAAACGAUUUCGCCACUUUUUCGCUGACGUUUUGACUAUUCUACGAUGCCAAGUAUUUACAGAAAAUUCAGAAAAUUACGUCGAAGACGACACGUUCGUACUUAGUAAUAAAGAUAUCGUGAGUUAAUUCUGAAAAUUAAGUUUGUGCCGUGUGUUCAUCAGCUACAUUUGCUUUAUUGAUAUUUUGAGUGUCAUAGGACUUUUAGUGCCUAUGCAUAUCUUGAGAAUUUGGACCGUGUUCUAGAUUACUUUUAAGAACAAAUAGUUUCCUAUACAUAGUUGGAUUACUUGAAAGACAUUAUGUCAGAAAUUGUUUACCCUCAAGGGUGUAGAUCUGUUACUGAAGAUCUAGGCCCAGAUGAAUUGAUCAGAAGGCUUAAGACAUUGGCUCAUACAUUACAAGCUAUGGGUCAAGAUGAAGGAAUGUACCAACAAUAUAUUCCCUUAGCUUUGCAUUUGGCAGAAGAACAUUUUUUAAUGCAUCAAAGUAAAGAUGUUCAAUUGUUAAUUGCAUGUUGUAUUGCAGACGUACUAAGAGUUUAUGCUCCUGAAGCACCUUAUAAGGAUGCAGAUCAGGUGAAAACAAUAUUUCUGUUUUUAAUCAAACAACUAGCAGGUUUAAAAGAUCCUAAAGAUCCAGCUUUCAAAAGAUAUUUUUAUCUUCUUGAAAAUUUAGCAUAUGUCAAGUCCUUUAAUAUGUGUUUUGAACUUGAAGACUGUCAAGAAAUUUUCUGUGCACUUUUCUCUCUUAUGUUUAAAAUAGUCAACGAUGAACAUUCUGGAAAAGUUAAAAGCUUUAUGUUGGAUGUUCUUUGUCCGCUUAUUACUGAAUCAGAUAUUGUCAGUAAUGAAUUAUUGGAUAUUAUACUUAUGAAUAUAGUUGAACCAAACAAAACGCAAAAGAAGAAUGCAUAUUUACUUGCUAAGGAAUUAGUAAUUAAAUGCAGCGAUACAUUGGAACCAUACAUUCAAGCAUUUUUUAAUCAUGUGUUAAUCUUGGGAAAGGAAGAAAAAAGUUUACAAAUUUGUAAAAAAGUUUACGACUUGAUUUAUGAGUUAAAUCAUAUCUGUCCAAGCGUCUUGUUGUCCGUCCUUCCACAAUUAGAAUGUAAAUUAAAAUCUUCAUCAGAAACAGAAAGAUUAGGAGCAGUAGCAUUAUUGGCGAGAAUGUUUUCUGAAAAGGGGUCUCAAUUAGCUGUUCAACAUACACAAUUAUGGAGAGCAUUUUUGGGAAGAUUUAAUGACAUAAGUGUUUCCAUUCGUAUUAAAUGUGUCCAGUAUUCAAUGCAUUUUUUAUUAAAUCAUCCAGAACUUAGGAAGGAUAUAACUGAUACAUUAAAAUUAAGACAACAUGACGCUGAUGAAAGUGUUAGAUAUGAAGUAGUUAUGGCUAUAGUAACAACUGCUAGGAGAGAUUUUGAAGUUGUCUCAGACAGUGAAGAUUUACUUGAAUUUGUAAAAGAAAGAACUCUGGAUAAGAAGUUUAAAAUUAGAAAAGAAGCAAUGGCAGGUCUUGCUAUGAUAUAUAAGAAACAUCUGAAUGACUCAGAUGUACCACAAGCUACAAAAAAGGCUGUUACUUGGAUAAAAGACAAAAUAUUGCACGGUUAUUAUAUGGCAAGUAUGGAGGACAGAUUAUUGGUAGAAAGACUAUUAAAUACAUGUUUAGUUCCCUAUCAGUUACCAGCAGAGGAAAGAAUGAAAAAGUUAUACCAUUUACUUGGUACAAUAGAUGAUCAUGCAUCUAAAGCUUUUGUGGAAUUGCAAAAACAUCAACUUGCGGUACGAAGGGCUGUUGUCGAGUGGCUAGAAAUUAUAAAACGACCAGAAGCUACAAACGAGUUAAUGACAAAAAUUCAUCAAAUUUCACGUUUUUUACCUGAUCCCAUGAAAGUACAGGAAUUUUUACAAAAAUUUAAUGGACAUAUGAAGAAAGAUUCAGCAUUAUUACAAGGCAUGGAAACAAUUGUUCAACCUAAUGUUUCCUGUAAAGAGUGUGCUGAUACAAUAAGUUUAGUUUUGAAAAAAUUGGGUCAACCAGUAAUGACAAACUUAUAUUAUAAUACAAUAAAGAUGUUAUUGGAAAGAGUGAGCUCUGUUAUGAUUGAUGAAGAAGCAAUCAGGGUUUUAAUAGGAUAUGUAUUAGAUUGUUUAAAGGGAGGUAAUGUAAUUGAAGAAGUUGGUUUGAAUCCAAAUAAUGCCGGAGAAAAGGGGUUAAGACUGCUAGUUAUGUUGUCUUUCGUAUUUGGCCCACAUUUUCUUCAUAAUGAUAUUUUAAUGCAAUUGGUACAUCUUUUAGAAUUAGAGGAUGAGAUGGUAGGACCACUUGUCCUAUCAAUCUUUACAUUUUUAGGAAAAUACAAACCUUUAUGCGAGGUAGCACCUGAUAUUAUGAAUCUUAUGGUACCAAUUUGCAAAAACUUUGCUGAAACAGGGACUCCAAAACAAGCGAAACAAGCUGUUAGGUGUUUGUUUGUUAAUAUGACCAAUAUUCACGAUAAAAUUUUUCCAGAAAUCAUUGAAAGAAUUAAAAUGACAUUAACACCCACAUCAGAAUUUUAUCGAACUUCUAUAGUUACAUUAGGUCAUAUAGCAUAUAAUUUGCCAGAUAAAUAUCAAGUACAAAUAAAAAAUAUGGUAUCAAGAAAAAUUGUUAAAGAAUUGCUUGUAAAAGAAAGCAGUGAACAAACAGCUGAUACCAUUGAAGGAGAAUGGUGCCGUGAAGAUCAGCUUCCUGAAGAAACACGUUGCCGAUUAGAAGGUUUGAAGUGCAUGGCACGUUGGUUAUUGGGUUUGAAAACUGACGUUUUGUCUGCACAGAAAACGUUUAGGAUGUUGAAUGCAUUUGUUGUAAAUAAGGGUGACCUUUUGCAACAAGGACGUUUAAGUAAAGCUGAGAUGAGUUGGUUACGUUUACAGGCUGGUUGUUCAAUGUUAAAAAUUUGUGAACAGAAAGGAGUUGGCGAUCAAUUUACAGCAGAACAAUUUUAUAAUCUUUCUCAACUUAUGGUGGAUGAAGUUCCUCAAGUUAGGGAAGCCUUUGGUAGUAAAUUACAUAAAGGACUUGGUAGAGGAAUACCAAACAAAUGUUUACCAUUAGACUUUAUGGGAUAUUAUGCUUUGGCAGGCAAAGAACAAGAUAAAAGAUUGAAAUGUUUAUUGAAAACAUAUAUGCAAACUGAUAUAAACAAAAGAAGGGAUUACGUUAAAACGUUGUCGUUGGGUACUGUAGAACGGGCCAUGGGUAAGAAACUAAAUAGUCAACUACCACAUAUUUUGCCUGAUUAUAUGCUAGUUUUUGCAGUUCCCAUUCUAGCACAUGAUCCUGAAUUUACAAGUCAUCUAAUAAUUAGUCAGUUAAAAGUCAUACAACAAUGUUUAUGGUUUAUACUUGAGCCACUCAUCACAAAGAAUGAAUAUUAUUGUUAUGGAUUUUAUAAAAACCUUAUAGAGCGAAUGAAAAGUCAUAAAGAUGCAUUGAAACCUGAAGACAACAAUAUGAAUUAUAAAUUAUGGGCAGUAUGUGAUUUAGCUAUGAACGUGAUAUACACUAAGACAACUAAUUUUGAUAUGAAAGAAUUUCCAAGUGAAACACGCAUACCUACAAUGUAUUUUAAACGAACGGAUGAGUUAGCUAAUACAAAAAAUUACCUACCAGCAGAAAUGCAAAUAAAUAUGACCAAUACUAAGGGAAAAGGUUCAUUACAUAAUGUACACGCAGUAAGCGAAAGACCACAACGUAGAGCUAAAUCUAAACAACAAAAAGAAGUUGGCAUUGGUCCGAAUGAAACAGAUGCAAGGCUGCAAAUUGGAGAAGUUGAAUGCAUUGAUGCACAGCCUGCUGAAGCGUCCGAGACUAGAAUUCAAUUACCUGGUUUGGAAGAGGAAAUUGAAGAGCCACCUGCAAAAAGGGCAUUGAGAGAGUCAGAUAAAGUAAAUAAGUAAUUAAGUGAUUGAACUCUGUAAUCAAGGGGGGGGGGAAGGUGACUGGAGAUCGGGAAAAGACUUAAGAAGCGCGAUGAUACUAUAAGAAUUAAAGAAUCUAAAAAUACUUUACAAAUUAGAAUACAGAAUAUUUUGGUUAUGUACAACAAUUAAUAAACCUAAGUCGUUCGCGUAUUUUUAGAUUAUAAGGUGUUACGAUUAUGACACAUUAACUUCAAAUUAUUAAUACACGUAGGCUUAUGAUUCAGAGACUUCUCUGGACUUACAACCUAUGACUAAAAAGAAGAAUAUUCAUUAGUUCGUUGGACAUGUGGCUCACCAAGUGUGUUUGAUUGUUCAUAUGGAUGGAAUGCAUAUAUGUCUUAGAUACUGUUUCUUUUACAGACCGAUAAAAAAAAAAAAAAAAAAAAAAAAAAAAAGAAAAAAGAAAAAAAAAAUAUCAAAGAAUCGAUCGUAAACUAGAAUUAUUGUUUAAGAUGGCUAUGUUCAUUUUGACACUUUUUAUAAAACGUGUAAAACUGUAUCUAAGUUAACAUUUUUUCUUCCUUGAAAGGUGAUACCUGAUAAUUGUUGUUUUGUUCACUUCAAGAGUUUAUUAAUGAAAAUAACGAUGGAAAGUUUGUGUGAUGUUAUACAUUUAAAAGUAUACUGCACAAUUCUCAAAGAUAUUAAGUAAUAAAUAAAUAUGUGCAAAAAAAGAUUUUUAAAAAUCGACAUCAUAUUUGACAGAUAUUCAUAAAUACAUUAAGCAUUUAUAAACUUAUGAACUCUGUAAGUUUUCAUACAUAUGCACAUGUAUAUUUAAUUACAAAUUUGUAAAUGGAAGAGAACAAUACAACUUUGUUGGGUUAAUGUAAAUGAUAUAUUUUAUGGAUGAAUUGGCUUUGUGAUCCAAAGUUGUGUUUGUUUCUUUUAUUAUGUUUAUCUUCUUUUAUUAUGUCUCUUUAUUUUUAUUGUAAUUAUUAUCAUCAUUAUAGUUACUUUAAUAAGCAGAAUUUUAUUGUAUAGGUAAAUUGGUGAGACAUUUUUUUCGUUUUUAUUUUUUUUUUUUUUUUUUUUUUUUUUUUUUUUUUUUUUUC